AUGCAUCCUAUCGAAAUUGAUCCGUUCACGAUUCAGAUAUCAGAGAGUGAGGUUGCACGGCUCAAGCGUAAGCUGGUCGACACUCGCCUCCCCGAACACGAGAUUGUCGCUGGCGCCGGGGAUGCCUACGGACCGCCCGCCGAAUGGUUUCAAAGGCUAUACAACAAAUGGGUGAACGACUUUGACUGGUUCGUCGUGCAAAAGCACCUCAAUCGUCAUCAGCACGCCAUUGCAACUAUUCCUGAUAAUGAAUACGAUCUCAAAAUUCACUUCACGCAUACCCGGUCUAUGCGCACGGACGCAAUUCCCAUCAUCUUGAUCCAUGGCUGGCCUGGAUCCUUCUACGAAUUCGACCGACUAGUUGACAAUCUGGCGGCUCCCCAGUCCGAGUCAGAUCCUGCUUUCCACGUCGUCGUGCCUAGUCUUCCUGGCUUUUGCUGGUCAUCUAAUCCUCCUAAGCGUGGCUGGACUAUGCAAGACAAUGGCCGGCUAUUUGAUAAGUUGAUGGCUGGUCUAGGAUAUGAUUCUUAUGUUGUUCAGGCGGGUGAUUGGGGAUCUUUUGUCGCCCGAGAGCUGGGGUCUAAGUAUCCGCGCUGCCGAGCUAUCCAUCUGAACUUUUCGCCUGCUACUGAAGAUUUCAUGCCCGAAAGCGAGAGCGAAAAAAAGAGACAUGAACGAUCCCAGGACUGGCUGGAUGAUCAUCUUGGAUACGCCGUGUGUAUGCGCACCCGCCCGCAUACUGUGGGCUAUGGCUUUCACGAUAAUCCGAUGGGAAUACUCUCUUGGGUUGGCGAAAAGUAUUAUGAGCUUGUGAGUCCGGCACGCAGAUCUGAUCCCGCAUGGGAUAAGAUUAUCCUCACCCAAGUCUCUCUGUACUAUUUCAGUGGAUGUAUCAUGCCUUCCAUGCUUCCCUACUAUGAAAAUCCUAAACAUGCCGAAUUUGCGAAACUGUUUAUGAUAGAAGAGAACCUCGUGAAGGUUCCUAUGGCGUACACCUCAUUUCUUUACGACAGCCGGCCUGGUAAUAAGCGCUCUGCCAAACUUACAGGAAAUCUGGUUUUCUAUAAUGAGAAUGACGAUGGAGGUCAUUUCGCUGCUCUGGAAUGUCCUGAUAUCAUUGCUCGAGAUUGUCGAGACUUUUUUAAGAUUCAUUGGACUACGUAG